GUGCUAACCAGGCCGACGCUGUUACUUUUUUGUGCUGCAGUCAUGGCCGCUGUUUCCGUGUUCCGUGUUGCUGUUGUGCUGUUCUUCUGCAGGCUGUGCAGAGCUGCUGGGGAUAAGGGUGAGCCAGGUCUCCACGUGUUCGGUCUGCUGAAGGAGAAGUCGGAGGCUGAGUUGCUCUUCCUCCAUUCAGCUUGCAGACUCAAUCACACAAAUAUUCAGGUGGUGCGAGGAUGGUGCACGUUGGCGAGCUGCGCGGGGCUGGGCCUUCUGAGGGACCGGCUGAGGAGCCUGCCCGAGGACGACUGGGUUAUCCUUAACGACCUGAGGCAAGGCUUCACCCACGUGAUGGCAAGACCGCAGGACGUGAAGGAUCAGCUGAUCGCCUCAGGGCAUUCGCUGAUCCUGGACCCGCGGCCUCACUCGCCGGGGCUGAAGGAGGCGAUGGAGAAGCAGAUGGCGGAGGCGCUGAAGGGGAAGGAAGGAAGGGCACUCGGGGAAGGAAAGGGAGAAGGAGGGAAAGAGGAGGAGGCCAAGAAAACGGGAGAUAAGGCAGAAGUCGAUGGGGCAGCGCUCCAGAAGGCCGUGUAUAACGCCUUGAAGGGAGGGUCAGUCAUCGGUCGAGUAGGCGUGGUCCUCAAAGUCCUGGAGGUAGGCGUGGCUAAUGAAGAAGAGGGCAUGGCCAAGGAAGAAGAAGUGACGAAAGCUUUCACCGACACGAAAGCUGAGUACGUUUUCUUCGGUGGCAGACAGCUCGGUGAAAUGAGCAUCCAGGUGCCCAUCAGAGUCAAGUUCAUCCCCGCAGAGGGCGCAGAAGGAGAAGAGGAAGAAGGAGGCAAAGGGACCGAGGGAGGCGAGGCUGCAGCAGGGAGAGAGAGGCCCCACACCACCCCCUUCCUCAUUCACACCGACGAAGAGAAGCCUGAAAUCUACAACAUGCUCGAGGCCAUGGGAGAGGGCCCUGCCACCUGCCCGCAUGAGGUCGUCGACGCUAAGAAGAAAAAGGACGACGGCGCCGGAGCAGCAGGAGGCGCAGAAGAAGGAGGAGAGGGAGACGAGCGGCCUCCUCGUGUCCUCGUGGCCGUCCUCCUGGCUGGUUCCUGGGCGCCCUUCUUACGAGAGGUCCUCCAAGGGCUCGAGGAUCAGGAUUACCCGAAGGACAGGAUGGGCAUCUGGAUUCAUGCUAAG